AUGGAGCUCGCUUCCCCUCCUCCGAGGGACGAUGAUCAUAGCACUGGUCGGAGGGUACGCGAGCUAUAUCGCUAUUUCCGCCCCGAACGGACAGCCAGUUAUCAGGAGCGCUAUCAGAGCAUCUCGUCCGACGACGCACCACCACCCACUAUCCUUGAUCCUUCUUUCCCGCCGCCAUCCCCAUCGCUAUGCUCGCAAUCGCAGUCCGGUCCCGCCAUCGGUCCAACCUCGACGGGGCUAGUGCCCGAGGCCUUGGUCUUGGGUGACCCUAAUGCGACUCUAACGUCUUUCGCGCAGCUAGCAGCGUUGCGUCUCAAUGUUGAGCGCGUGUUGAUUAGUGUGUCAGAUCGUCAGUCGCAAUUUAUUCUCGCUCAAAGCACUCGCACUGGCAAGGUCAGUGAUUACGAGUCCGCUGGCGAUGGCAUCUGGAAUGGCUGUGCGUCCAUGUCCGCCAACGCCUGGAGUAUGUGUAAGGCUACUGUUGCGCUCCCGCCCAACAACCGAGAAAAAGGUCAACACAGCUUCCUGGUGGUUAACGACCUGCGCGAGGAUGAUCGCUACAAGCGUCUUCAGUUCGUACAGGGCGAGCCAGGUUUCCGCUUCUAUGCCGGAACGCCCUUGACAACCCACACCAACAUCAACAUCGGCUGCUUUUUCGUUCUGGAUACCAAGCCACACAAUGGGUUGGAUGAUAUGGAGAAGGAGACCCUAGGGUCGUUGGCCGACUUGAUUAUGGAUUACUUGAAGGUCAGCCGACAGGCGUCGGAAGGUCGUCGUGCCGCUCGAUUAUCGCGCGGUCUCAGCUGUUUCGUCGAGGGCAGCUCCAGCUUCGUCGAUGCCUCUCAUCCGUCAUUAGCUGGCAGCUCUGCCGCUGCGCCCAGCACCCCGCCAUCGUCGAGCCAAAGAGCCAAUCACUUGUCCGUGGGCUCCUUCAACAGCUUCGAUAUGCCGUCGAGACGCUCACACAGCACUGAUGCCCGUUCAUUCAGCUCUGCGUCGGACUAUAAAGCCGAUCAAGCAGUGUCGUCGGGUCCUGAUACGCCGCUACCAGACUGGUGGUCCGGUAGCCGCCAGAAGGAAUUGAAGGGAGUCGACGAGUCGCAGGGGCACACGUGGGCGUUCCGACGAGCCGCAAACUUGAUUCGGGAGAGUUUGGAACUGGGUUCCGAUGGGGGUGUCAUCUUCGUGGAGAACAGCAACAGUCCGAUGCUGGACACGGACACUGGCAGCGAUGGCUCUGUGGAGGGCAACACUCCUGCACCGGUGUUGGCGAUUUCUACCAACGAUGAGCCGUUUGCGCCGGGCCCAGGUUCCAAGGUGCUCUAUCCUGCCGCGAAUCUCGAUAGCACGUUUCUGCAUCAGCUCCUGCGACGCUACAGCAAGGGGAAGUUGUGGUCCUUCCAUCGAGACGGUAUGAUCUCCAGUUCCGAUGAUGAGACCCCUCGACAGAGUCGAUCGCGUGCGCCGAAGGGCCCGGAGAUCGGCAAGGGUGGGUCGAAGAAGUGGAAAUCCAUGGAGAACUCCAUGCUGAAUCUCUACUUUCCCAACGCGACCCAGGUUCUCUUCGUGCCGCUAUGGAAUUCCGCCAACUCCCAGUGGUUCGCCGGGUGUUUCUGCUGGAACACGGAAGAGACGCGUGUCUUCAGCUCGUCCGUGGAACUUAGUUCAAUUCUGGGAUUUGGUUCCUCCAUUAUGGCCGAGUGUAACCGGGUCGAGUCGCUCAUUUCCGACCGGCAAAAGGGUGACUUCAUUGGCAGUAUCUCACACGAGUUGCGCAGUCCGCUGCACGGUAUCUUGGCGGCCGCCGAGUUUUUGAAUGGGACGAACCUGGAUGAAUUCCAGGGGUCUCUCCUGGAGACCAUUAAUGCCUGUGGGCGCACCUUACUGGAUACAAUGAACCAGGUACUCGAUUUUAGCAAGAUCGUAUCCUUGGAACGAACAUAUCGCAGCCUGAAGCGGAACAAGACAUCGUCCACAGACGUCAAGGGCAUGGACCGGUUUUCUGCCCACUUGGACACCUACGUGGCGACCGACUUGGCCCUUCUGGCAGAAGAGGUGGUGGAAGGCGUGUGCCUGGGUCAUGCAUAUGGUCAACGAUCCGCAGCCCCCUACGAUCAGCCUGUUGUCUUGCCGCUUGCUCAGCAGGGCCAGAUCCAGUCCGACAAGGAAACGAAACCGAAACCCGGUUCUGAAGUUGAGGUGGUCAUGGACAUUGCUCACAACGACUGGGUCUAUCAAACGCAGCCUGGAGCUCUGCGACGAAUUGUUAUGAACGUCUUUGGCAACGCCAUGAAAUACACGCACAGUGGUCGCGUGUCGCUGCACUUGGAAGUUACAGAGGCAUCCGAGGGCCGCGUGCGUCGGAAUGGUGUCGAAGAAUUAGUGACUUUGACGGUGACGGACACUGGCAAGGGUAUCUCGGAGGAGUUCCUGCGUGGCCGCCUGUACACACCUUUCGCCCAGGAGGACACGCUUGCAGUCGGCACAGGCCUGGGUCUUUCAAUCGUGAGAAGUCUCGUCAAGGCGUUGAAGGGCAGCAUCAACAUCCACAGCCGGCCGGGAGAGGGAACUAUCGUCAAGGUCUCGUUGCCUCUCGUGCGACCUGGUCCGGAACUGGAGCUGGAAGAACCUGUCCGUCCCGUGUCGCCAUCUACAAGGGGGCAGGAGAUGUUAACCGAAUGCCGUCUGCUGCGUGAGGCCCAUGUUGGCCGACGCGCCGCCAUCCUUGGCGUGGAUCCCGCCGACGCUGCCUCCCAUCCUUUGUGGUCCAUCUACUCGCGAUACUUGAUCGACUGGUAUGGCCUCCAGCUUGUUUCAUGGCCGUCGGGCACGCCUGUGGACGUUAUCCUGGCGGAGGAGCAGAGCUUGUUAGAUGGACUGAGGCCAGCCGGCGACGCGACUCUCCCUUCGCUCUUGAUCCUCUGCAACAAAUCCGUCGACUACACCACCGCGCGUUCGCAAUGGGCAUCCUUGGCGAAUGUGGUCAACAUCGUUCGCCGCCCAUGUGGACCACACAAACUCGCUCGCAGCAUCCGCAGAUGUCUCGAUACGCAGAGUGGCAACAGCGCACCACACACCCUCGAGCUCCCCGAACGGCCCCGCCAAACCACCAUUUCCUCCGGAAGCGACCUUUCGCCCGGAGAGAGGCUAUUCGAAAUCACAACCGACACCUCCGAGCUUGCCCCAGAGAUGACGACAAGCUCCGGCUCCACUUCGUCGGCCGAGUAUCCUCGCUCGCAAGACUCCGACGGCAUGGAUGCACCUCUAUAUACCAUCAACUCACCUCUCCCGAUCCGCGCCCCAUCACCCUUCAAACAACCCAUCCUAACACAAACUGAAACCGAGCGACGCGCCCGCGUCCUUGUGGUCGACGACAACAGCAUCAACCUGAACCUGAUGCUCACAUUUAUGAAAAAGCGGCACCUCGCGGCCCUCGACUCCGCUGAAAACGGUAAAUUAGCCGUCGACGCAGUCGAACGGGCCCAACAUGGCUACGACAUUAUCUUUAUGGACAUGUCCAUGCCCGUAAUGAACGGCUUCGAAGCUACCCGCGCCAUCCGCGCCCUCGAAAAAGAGCGCGGCGCAACAUGCAAACCAGCUGUCAUCAUCGCACUGACGGGACUGAGCAGCUCGCGCGAUGAAUCCGAGGCGCUAACCUCAGGCGUGAACCUGUUCCUUACGAAGCCGGUGUCGUUUAAGGAGGUGUCGCGGUUAUUAACAGAGUGGGAAGAGAAGGGCCUAGAUGAUCGGAUAUCUUUGUCUGGACAAGGACAAGGACAGGGGCAGCAGCAAGGGGUUGACGUCUAG